AAGAACUGAGUAGAGGCAGAGAAGCUUUGGUUUGAGGAAGACGUGGGUCUCCAAACAGCUGACGGAGGACGGAGGGAAGUUAACCACCUAAGAGAAUUGAGUGAGAGUACAGAGGCAGAACGCGCGCCCAGCAAAGGUUGCUCCACCCCGCCCAGGAUCAGGCGAGGGGGAACCAGUUCAGCAGCUGCCAACUGGCGCCCAGCGCGGCCGCGAACACGGGAAGUGGAGUCCUGAGUGCGCGCUGCGGGGCGUUUGCUUCUCCCGCGCCCCGGCGACCCGCGUCCUCCCACCCGCACCCCUUCUCCACUUUUCCCCCCGUUUGCAAUCACAUGGCAUUUUAAGAAUGCUGGAAAGAUGGCGGUAGCGGCGGCGGCGGCGGUGGCUGCGCCGGCUGGCGGGGGAGGCGGCCGGGCGCAGCGGAGCGGACUGCUGGAAGUUUUGGUGCGGGAUCGUUGGCAUAAAGUUCUGGUGAACUUGAGCGAGGACGCCCUGGUGUUGAGCUGCGAGGAGGGCGCUGCAGCGUACAACGGCAUAGGGACUGCCACCAAUGGCUCGUUCUGCAGGGGCUCCGGGACUGGACACCCGGGCACUGGUGUCACACAACCCCCGGACUCUCCCGCCGGGGUCCGCACAGCCUUCACCGAUCUCCCGGAGCAGGUGCCUGAGUCCAUCUCAAACCAGAAGAGGGGCGUGAAGGUGCUGAAGCAGGAGCUGGGAGGACUGGGCAUUAGCAUCAAAGGGGGCAAGGAGAACAAGAUGCCCAUACUCAUCAGUAAGAUCUUCAAGGGGCUGGCAGCGGAUCAGACCCAAGCCCUGUAUGUGGGCGAUGCCAUCCUGUCCGUGAACGGAGCAGACCUGCGGGACGCCACCCAUGAUGAGGCAGUGCAAGCACUGAAGCGCGCAGGCAAGGAAGUACUGUUGGAAGUGAAGUACAUGAGAGAAGCCACGCCUUAUGUGAAGAAAGGAUCACCUGUGUCUGAAAUUGGAUGGGAAACGCCUCCACCUGAGUCCCCUAGAUUAGGGGGCAGCUCUGCAGACCCUCUGUCAUCCCAGUCCUUCUCCUUCCACAGAGACCGGAAAAGCAUCCCCCUCAAGAUGUGUUAUGUCACCCGGAGCAUGACCUUGGCUGACCCUGAAAACAGGCAGCUUGAAAUCCAUUCUCCAGAUGCUAAGCACACGGUGAUCCUGAGGAGUAAGGACUCCGCCACUGCCCAAGCCUGGUUCAGUGCCAUCCAUUCCAACGUCAGUGACUUGCUGACCCGAGUGAUUGCUGACGUCAGAGAGCAGCUGGGAAAGACCGGUAUCGCUGGCAGUCGUGAGAUCAGACAUCUUGGCUGGCUGGCAGAAAAGGUGCCAGGAGAGAGUGAGAAGCAGUGGAAAGCAGCCCUCGUUGUUCUGACUGAGAAAGAUCUUUUAAUCUACGACAGCAUGCCACGAAGAAAGGAAGCCUGGUUCAGCCCGGUGCAUUCAUAUCCACUUCUUGCCACCAGGCUCGUCCAUUCAGGUCCAGGGAAAGGAUCCCCCCAGGCUGCUAUGGAUCUGUCCUUUGCAACACGAACUGGUACCAAGCAGGGAAUCGAAACCCAUCUCUUCAGGGCAGAGGUCAGCCGGGACCUCUCCCACUGGACUCGGAGCAUAGUGCAGGGGUGCCACAAUUCAGCAGAGCUCAUUGCCGAAAUCACCACUGCCUGCACCUACAGAAACCAGGAAUGCCGCUUGACUGUUCAUUAUGACAAUGGAUUUUCUAUUUCUACUGAGCCUCAGGAGGGUGCCUUUCCCAAGACAAUCAUACAGUCCCCUUAUGAGAAGCUCAAAAUGUCUUCGGAUGAUGGAAUCAGGAUGCUCUAUUUAGACUUCGGAGGCAAAGAAGGAGAGAUUCAACUGGACCUUCACUCCUGCCCCAAGCCGAUCGUUUUCAUCAUCCAUUCCUUUCUGUCUGCUAAGAUUACAAGACUGGGCUUGGUGGCCUGAACGGAGGGGCGACUUGCCUUAGGGGAGGAAGGCUGCGGCGCCACAGGAGUGUGACUUCAGACAGUGCUCCAAACGGAGCAUGCACAGCCAGCUUCGGGUCUCAGGAGUCACGUGUAAUAUCCUAGGCUCCUCCGUCAGUUUCAGGAACUACAAGAGACUCCCUGAAGAAAAUACCAUGAGGGUUGUCAGAAUAGAGAGCUUCUUAGAGCAGAACAAGGCUAAAGGGGGUAAGGGCGAGUGGAUACCCACAGCCUCUCUUCUAAAUGAUGACCGCCAAGGACAUGGCCAUCACAACAGCAUGUGCAGAUCUUAAUCACACCAGUUUCUAGGCAACUGGUUCACCCCGGUAAGCCAGGUCUGAACAGAUGAGAAACGGAUAGUUCCACCUAUUCUUCUGUCCCCCGGUACUGAUCCCUUGCUUUAUUGUGAUUUAUUUCCUGACCCAAGUUGAGCUGAUGUUUAUUGGUAGGCAAAAGAAAGAAAGAAAAGAAAAAAAAGACAGAAGAGGAAAAGUAAAAAGAAACCCACCUUUUAUUUAAGAAUGAAGCAUCUGUCACUUAAUUUUCCUAAUGAGUUAUCUUUCAGUUGGUAUAGAGUGAUUCCAAAGUGUUCUCAUUCGCAUAUGCUGGACAGAAAUGAAAUAAAGCACUGGAUACUGACAUGAGCUUUAAGCAGGCAGGAUCUGAGCCCAAAUGGACUAUUGCAGUUGCAAAGCUUUCCUGGAGAGUUGUAUACACAAAUGAUAAUUAAUUCUGAGACUACACUUACACCAUGGAUGCUGUCUCAUAGCCGAAAUCGGUAUCCUUAUUUACAAAAAUCAAAUUCUGGGCAAUUUUUAAAAGCUUGCCAUUACACACACACACACACACACACACACACACACACACACACCACUGGUCACAUAGUUGGUGUUUAACUGUCUGCAUCUUACAGUUUUCAGUGGAAGUACCUUUCAGUGGUCCUUGUUUCUGCCCAUGCUCACCUAUGUGCAUUUCAAAACAAGGGAGACUAUCUCUCAGUCUUGAUGACGCUGUUUUAGGUAUAUAGAACCAGAAGUAUAAUCAAAUCUACAGAUAGUAUCUACAUUAAUUUUGGAAUUCCAGGGGAAUAAUACAAGGACCUGAUAUUUUUCUACAACCAUAUUUUGGGGCACUAUCUAGCCUAUUAAGACUUAAUGCUUUUUUUUUAAAUGUUUCAAGAUUCAUUCACUAAAAGCUAUACCCAUUAUUUGAUUUUGGAAUUACUUUUCACAAACCCUGAAGAUUAGCCAUAGUAUUUAUGAUUUUUUAGUCCUUCUUUUCCAUGUAGUUUUACAUUAGCACGUGCUCUGUGUUCUGCCCGUGUGCUGGAAGAGUCAUAGUUUAGCAGAUACCUAUGCAAAGUGAAACUGCCUAAAUGCCUGUGAUUAAGCUUCUUCAGAUUUGUGGGCUUAUUGAAUUGCAGUUGUAUUUUAAACCAUCAUUUCCCCAAAGCACAUCCAAUACAACACCAUUUCCAAGAGACAUGUUGAGCAGUGUUCUCAUUGGAGAAGUGAUUUAGGAGCUUGGUGGUAAAAAUAUUUGCUAAGUAGCAACUUGAGACAUGUUAGGCCCUUGUUAGGGUUGCCAGCUCCCCCCAAAAUCCUUGUUGUCAUUGUUCACAAUCUUCAAGGUAGGGGUGAAAGUUCCAUCCUUGCCCUUCUUUGUAAUAGGGUGUAAUGGGGCCUCUGUGAAGCUAGUGGUUUUUAUAGACAAUGCUUUAGGAAAUACCACCAGAGGACACACUGACUUUUGGUUGGUUUCUAAUUUUAAAAUGUUGAAAAGUGAAGGCCAGCUUCAAUACUGUGGGAAAGCGGUGAUGCAUUUGUAAAUUGUAUUGCACACUUUCACACUAUAUAUUUUCAAAAAUCACUGGAAUGUUGUUAUACAAAAGAACUAUACUUAUGUAUUGUAAAUAAUAUGAUACAUAUAUUAAUACCAAUAGUUUCAUUCAACAAUAUGUAAUCUAAGGUGCUCGGUACUACAUGAAGUUUGAGUUAAUUAUUCAAGUUGCAAAGAUUCUAUUAUAUAUUUAUAGACAAAUUAAAUUGGUCAUAAUUACAGACAUUGUUUCUUUAUUGCUUAAGUUUUAGAUUGAUAUCUGCAUAAGACUCAACAAAAACUGUCUUCUCCAUUUUUAAAAUUUUAAUUUAAAUAUUUAUAUUUUAGGAAAAAUAUAUUUGAAUAAGAUCAAUGCAUUUUCUGAAGCAAAUUAAAAUGUGUUGUUAGAAACAAAUAGAAAAUUUUACUAAGAGAACUGUGUAUAUGAAUGAUUUUUUUUCUCCUAAUUAAAGUAUAUCCUAUCAGAGUGGCUAUGAUGAGUCAGUUUUAGAUGUCCACUAUUAUUUCCCAGCUUGGAUUUUAAACAUGAUAUUUAAAUAAUGGCUUUACAGUGUAUUUUUCAUCUUGUCUUAGGUGUUAGUGUGUAUGUCACAAACUAAGUCUGCCUCAUGUCUUGGUCAAUGAAUCAAAUUAGUCAUUUGGGAGAUUUUUUUUCCACUUUGUUUUGUUCUUAGUUCUGUGAAUCAGAGAACUGAUAAUGCUUGUACCUAAAUGAAAAGCAGUGCAGAUAAACAAUCCUUACUUAAUGGAUGCUUGCUCAGUUGCCAGGAGGGUAAAUUCAUUGGUCUGGUAAUAUGUCUGUGCUACUCAUCUUAUCGGCAUUUAAAGAAUGCCAGGGAGAUAGAGAUGACAUUUUUUUUAUAACAUGAACUAAAUAAUAGAAAUCAAACUAUACAAUUAUUAUGAACUACCCAGAUAGAGGUAUUUAAUGAAUGGCAUCAAUGAGGCGUGGGAGUGAUUUUUGGGUGUAUCUUGAAUUGGUUUUUUAAAUCUGCCUGUGUUUAUAGCCCCAUGGACAUCAUGUACAAUUUAUAUAUAAACUAAAUAAAUAUUUGCCUCAGAUCUCCAA